AUGGCUUCUCCUCCUCGUGCCCUCUCCGUGUCCUUCUUCGUCCUCCCUCUACUCGCCCUUCUAAUAAACCCCGCAACCUCUAUUCGCACCUCCAUCAUCAAGCUACCACGAAGCGACGGAUCUCGCUCCGCCGCCGCAGACACCUACUGCGAGAGCUGGAGAUUGGCCGUUGAGACCAACAACGCCGGAACAUGGGAUGUGCUUCCAUCGUCGUGCGUUGACUCCGUCGCCCGUUAUCUCAACGGAGAUCAGUACGGUUCCGAUUACGAUGUCAUCGUCGAUUAUGCGCUGGCCUUCGCCAAAACGGUUAAGAUCUCCGGCGUGUUAAUCUUUUACCAACCGCUUGUGUUACACAACGAUCACAAUGAUUGA